AUGCUGCCGUCGACCGUGUGCACCUUUACCGAGUGCAGCCGCCACGCGAUGCCCGGCGCCAACAAGUGUCUCGUCCACAAGAACAAGCUCAAGUGCUCGCGCGACGGCUGCCACAACCAGGUCUACGCCCGGUACCUCUGCGUUCGACACGGUGGCAAGAAGCAGUGCCAGACACCCGGCUGCCGCGCGUCCGUAAGCCGCGGCUCGUUCUGUACCGACCAUGGCGGAGGCGUUGCCAAGCGUCUUUGCUCGGAGCCUGGUUGCCACAGUCAGGCCCAUGCCCGCUACAAGUGCGUGCGCCAUGGAGGCGGCCGCGGCUGCAGACACAAGGGAGGGUGCCCCAUGUAUGCUCGGUACGGCGGGUUCUGCCGGCGCCAUGCCACGGACAGCGUCAGUACCAAGCGAGAGGAACCUAUCGGGGUGACAUUGCCCUUUUUUGCGACGCCUGCGCCGCUGGAGAAGUCCGAAAACCAUGAGUCCAUGGACGACGAAAUUUUGUACCAUGCGAUCGACAAUGCGAUCCUGACCUUGCUCUGCGAGUCGCUUGCGUCGAUGUCGCAGGGACAGCCCGGCAUUCCGUGGAGCUCUCUUCUCGACGAAGCUCCGUUGUGCUCCAUCUCGAGGUAG